GCUGCAUGCCAGCUUCACUGUGGCGUUUUGUGAGGAGCUCUGUGUUGAUCCGAAUUCAAAACACAAAACCUCUGGGUACUGAGUGGCUGGCCAUGGCGUAUGACUCCCCGCGCAGACCGAGCCGCUGUGCUGGUGGGGUUGUGGUUCGAGCACAGGCUGCAACAGAGCAGUCAUACAUGGAGAGCGUAGUUACGUUCUUGCAGGAUGUAGUCCCUCAGGCAUAUACUGGGACACCUCCAAAUGAUGAAAAAGAGAAGAUAGUUUGGGUCCGUUUUGAAAAAACAGACAUCAAUGGUUCCCUCAACACUGACAGCUUUGCUGAGAAACGGCCCCUCCUCGGCGUGUGCAAGAGCACGGGCUCUUUGGGGACAAGUCCCCCUUAUUGUUGUGUGGAUCUUUAUUCCUUGAGGACAGGAGAGAUGGUCAAGUCCAUACAGUUUAAAACGCCCAUCUAUGAUCUGCAUUGCAACAAAAGGAUCCUCGUCGUUAGUCUUCAAGAAAAGAUCGCUGCAUUUGACAGCUGCACCUUUAUGAAAAAGUUCUUUGUCACAAGCUGCUACCCCUGUCCUGGGCCCAACCUAAACCCCAUAGCUCUGGGAAGCCGGUGGUUGGCCUAUGCUGAGAACAAGCUGAUCCGGUGUCAUCAGUCCCGUGGUGGGGCCUGUGGAGAUAAUGCCCAGUCCUACACUGCCACUGUCAUCAGUGCUGCUAAAACGUUGAAGACGGGCCUGACCAUGGUGGGGAAAGUCGUGACCCAGCUCGCUGGUACACUGCCAUCAGGGGCACCCGACGAAGAGGCCACUGCCCAUAGCGGUACCCGCCGCAGCCCUCACCAGCCUGGUGUGGUCACCAUCAUAGACACACACACUGUGGGAGAAGGACAGGUUCUUGUUAGUGAGGAUUCUGAUGGAGAAGGAGUGAUUGCGCAUUUUCCAGCACAUGAUAAGCCUAUAUCCUGCAUGGCAUUUAAUCCGAGUGGUAUGUUACUAGUGACUACAGACACCCUUGGCCACGACUUCCACGUUUUCCAAAUCUUGACUCACCCAUGGGCGUCUUCCCAGAGUGCAGUUCAUCAUCUAUACACGCUUCAUAGAGGAGAAACUGAGGCUAAGGUGCAGGACAUCUGCUUCAGCCAUGACUGCCGCUGGGUGGUGAUUAGUACUCUUCGAGGUACAUCUCAUGUCUUUCCCAUCAAUCCGUACGGUGGAGCGCCAUGUGCACGCACACACGUGUCUCCACGUGUGGUGAAUCGCAUGAGCCGUUUCCAGAAGAGUGCCGGACUAGAGGAGAUCGAGCAAGAGCUGAGCAGCAAACAGGGCGGCCGUUGUAGCCCUAUUCCUGGCCUUUCUAGUAGCCCAUCUGGAUCACCACUACAUGCCAAACUCACCAGUCAAGAAUCCUAUAACAACUUCACUAACAACAACAUGGGUAACCCACGCCUGUCUCCAUUACCCAGUUUGACGGUCGUGCUUCCACUGGCUCAAAUCAAGCAGCCGAUGACCUUGGGCACCAUCACCAAGCGCUCUGGCAAAUCCAAGCCACCUCCCCAGAUCUCUCCCAGUAAGUCCAGCGGUGGGGAGUUCUGCGUGGCUGCAGUCUUCGCCUCCUCCCACUCUUGGUUCAUCACCAACCCCAACAUGAAGAGAGAGAAAGAUCAGUCUCGCCAGGCUGUUGUUGAAUCGCUGUACAUCCUGAGUUGCUACGGAAACCUGGUGGAGCACGUGCUGGAGCCUCGUCCAAUCAGCACGGCGCAAAAGAUAGGCGAUGACACGCCUCUGGAGUUGAACACCUGUCCGAGAGCCUGUUGGAAUCUAGCCAGGACACUGCAGUGGAAUGAGCUACAACCACCUUUCAACAGCAGCCACCCCUUGGUGCUUGCCUCAGACUUUGUGCAGUACUAUCAAUACCUCCUGACUGGAUUGGCUCCUCCUGGCAGCCCUGGCCCCAUUACCCGGCAUGAGUCUUAUGACAGUCUGGCAUCCGAUCACAGUGGCCAGGAGGACGAAGAAUGGCUCUCACAGGUGGAAAUUGUGACCCACACAGGCCCUCACAGGAGACUCUGGAUGGGCCCUCAGUUUCAGUUCAAGACCAUCCAUCCGUCGGGUCAGACCACUGUUAUCUCCUCCAGUUCCUCUGUACUACAGUCACAGGGGCCCAGCGACACCCAGCAGCCUCUUCUUGAUUUCGACACAGAUGACCUGGACUUGCACAGCCUCAGAAUCCAGCCGGUGCGUUCUGAACCCGUUAGCAUGCCUGGCUCGUCUCGCCUGGUGGCCGACCGUAGAGGCCAGUCUACAGUCAUAGAUACCGGCUCAGAUACCACCCCUAAGGGAGCUGGCACCAUGUGGCCAUUUCUGCCGGAUGUGUGUGCUGACACUAAACCCAUCAUAAGCAGCACCCGUCUGCUUGACACAGCGUAUCAGGAAAAAGAAAGAAUCUCACAGCCACUGUCUCAGCUUCCCAAAAUCAAUUGGACAUGCAGUCAGCAUUAUCAAUACUCCUAUCUGGUCCCUGGAGCGUCACCCUGGCCCUUCUAGACUACACAGCGCAUUGUGCGAGAGAAGACAGGAGGCGCUUUAUCUAUUUGAACCAUGAAGCGAGCAGGAAUACAAGUCUCUUUUGAUUGUAUUUUGUUAUGACUCGGUAGCAGAAACACCCCGUCAUUUGUUCGGUGAGAGCACUUUUCCUUCCUGGCCCGGUUGUUAUGUGUGUGGCGAGGUGGGGUGGCAGGGGCCUGUCGGAGAUCGGUAGAUGAGCGGGCGAGAGUGCACGAAAGAUGCUGGCGUGUUGUGAAUUUGCUGUCACGUUCUGGAAGAAGCUUGACUGAUAGCUGCAAGUGUGUCUUGUAUUGUGUCAGGGGCGAUGACGCGUGUUUUUGUUUGUGCUCAUCUGUUGGAGUGUAUAUUGUUUUUAUGGUGGGGUAUUGAUUUAAAGUGCUAAAUAUGAGUACAAAUAACUGAAGUUACUGGUUGAUCAGUAACUUUAUUAGUAAUUGCAAUGUAACUACAUGGUUUUAAUUGAAAACGAUAUACCAUGGUCUUCUAAAGAAAUCAUAUGUCAAGAGUUAAGCAUUAUCAUGCUUUUUCCUUAGUGUAGGAUUUACCAUUAUGCUUGUAUUUUAGAUGCCUAAAAGGGUAUUUUUUUUCCUCCAAAACAAAUUAAUUAAUAAAAAAA